UGGGACUGUGGGUAGUUUCGUGCCUAGCCGUGUCAGUCACGCGCAAAGCUGCUGUCUGUGGACACGGUGACCAAGAUGUAGACCUAAUGAAGUAUUCAACAAACAUAUUUAGAGGGAUAUGGUACAUCCUGGUAUAAAUCCAAGAAGAAAAUGGAUUGACUCCGAACUUCCUUGGGAGAAAAUUGGCUCAACAAAGCAGGACAAGAGACAUAACUCAUUUAUACCUUCAAGCUACCCCAAACCAUUAGGCUUUUCCAUUGACAUUUAAUCAGUUAUCAAAUGUUUGGCAACAAUGACGACGCCAAGAAAAGCCUGUUUAAAAAUGUGUCUCUACUACCACAACAAAUAGGAGACCAUCUCACCCAAAUCACAGUUUAUGCGCUGUUCGGGGAAAACCCUUUAGCCUCUUUACAGAACAGGAUCACAAGCUUCAGGGGUGGAGGCGAGAGAUUUUUGGAUCAGCUAAAUGCCAGAAACAUUUUCCGCUGGGCGACUGUCUGUGUUCUAGCCAACAGCAACUUCUACUGGGACACAACAGGAGGGACUGGCCAGAUCAAAUGCUUCAGGUGCCAUGCUGUACUGGACAGCAACAUCCAGGUGCCAGAGAACACAGAGAGGAGCUGGUAUGAGCACUGCCACAGCCCACAGUGCCAGAGAUCUGCUGACCAGCCCAACCAGACCUAUGAGAGCAUCUGGAACUUGAACCAACCCUCCCCCAGACUUGAGGCUGUUCAGGAGUCUACUCCACUCAACCCCACAGGAGGUGAUGUUAGAUUAGCUGCCACAUUCCCUGAUCAACUCUCAGCCCUAAAUAUCAUCCAAAGAGUACCAUCUAUCCCCACGGUCAAUGUCUGCCAGUUUAAUGCAAACAAAAGACGUCAACAGAGAAUCUUAUCAUAUGGAAAUGUAUCCUGGGCAAGAGGUGAUUUCAGCCCAGAAAAUUUGGCAAGCAUGGGAUAUAUCUAUACAGGCAACUUGGAUCAGGUCAAGUGUGACUUCUGUGGCUUUAGGUCCCCUGCAGACUGGACAGCUGGGUCAAGUGGCCAAAUUUCUUCCUUGCUGAGAAGGCAUGAAGAGUUUAAGCCUGACUGCCCCUGUGUAAUCAAUUCCCGCAGGUUGUUACCUUAAACCUAUCCGGCGGGUUGUUUCCUUAAACCUAACCAGCAGGUUGUUACCUUAAACCUAUCCGGCGGGUUGUUUCAUUAAACCUAACCAGCAGGUUGUUACCUCUUAAACCAAUACGGCGGGUUGUUAUUUUAAACCUAGAACUUUAUCCAAAGCUAGGCUAAUUUUUGGUCGAUAAAUAAUGUUUUUACAUGUUCCAAGUUUAACAGAACAAAAAACAUUUCCAAGUUUUUCUUAUUAUUAUUUUAAUAUAUUUAUUUCUUUGAAAUUAAAAUAAAUCUAUAUUCUUUUUAAAAUAAUGGUGGUGGUAAUAUUUCAAACAUUUCGUGAUUUUUAGAAGCUUUAAUUUAACUUGCUUCCUCUUGCUUCUGUCUGUCAUGCUUCGUCCAUCUGAUCAUCAAUUGAAACUGGCAAGCAAAAUUUCAACCACUUCUAACUAACCGAUUUGUUUCAAUGCAAUCUGACAUCAAAUUUGACAUAGGAUGUCUAAUUAAUUUUUAAAGAUUUAAUUUAAGUUUCCUAUAUAUUAAAGUACUAUUUACAACGCUAUUAUAAGCAAAUGUUUCAUGUUCAUUUAGUGUGCAAUUGUUUUUAGUCCUGCAACUUUAUUAAACAAAAUUUUUUUAAAGUACUGAAACAAAAUGCAUUAAAAUUAAAAAAUUCAUAAAAGAAUUUUUAUUACAAGAUUUUAUAUAAUUAUGCACUAAAAUUUAAAAAGGAGAAAAGAAACGGUACACUAUUAUUUAAAUAACUAUAAAAAAUAUUUCUAAUAUACAUUUAUAACUGUCCAUUAUUUAAACAAAAAUUAUAUUGCGCAAUGUGCACAAUGUGCACACCGAUUCCAACUAGUUCCAGCAGUUAAAACCUGAAUUUGUCAAUUAAACCUACAAUCUAACAGUCCUACGAUUCUUUCAAAUUUCAUUUCAAACGUUUAUAUUUUUCAAAUUUAAAAAGACCUGAGAUGUUGGUGUAAAGUUACUUUUUAUCUAUUCUGAACUUUAAAAAAAAAACAACCACUGGUUGCUUAAAAUAAAGAAUCUUUCUGCCAUUGUUGAAAUGCAUUUUUCAAGAAUGCACUAUCAACUAUAAACCAUGUUUAAUUUAAAAAUAGAUUAAAAGUUUUAAAAUUAUCUAAAAAUUAUUUUAUUUUAAAAUAAUGAAAAUAUUUCCAGUCAUGGAUACAUUUUUAUCUUAACAUGCACAACAAAGUUAGUUAUUAAAAUAAAUCUCAAAAGCAAAAGAAUAAAUACAAAAUAAUGCUUGAAUUAAUAAUUAAUUUAAAAUAAUUUUUUUGUACAAUAGAUUACUUUUUUCGCCUUUGGUUUUAGCUUAUAAUGUUACCUGUACCAAUGUUUAAAUUCUUUUUAAAAAAAUAUUUGUAGAACAUUUUAUUUUGUCCUGAUUGUUUAAUUUCAUGCAGUUGUGUAGAAUACAUUUUUUGUGUAAUAUGUAGCUUGUGUUCUUGUUCAUUCCUUAAAGGGUAUGUAUAGUAUAUGUGUGAAUCCAGCCUUUACUCAACAGCACCCUCACACAACUCACUCUCUGGCCAGUUUUCAAUCUGAAAUUAAUGAGCUGCCAGUGUGUCCAUUUAUUUUAGGAUUUUUCCCAAGUACUCAGAUCUAUCUGCAUAGGGUAAAACACCUGUGUUGUAUAUAUUUAACAUAUAUAACUUAACCGUCAAAAAUAUAAAUUGACUAUGCAUACAUUCAUCAUUUUACCUGAUUUUAAUCACUCUUGAACAUUUUGAUUGUCCAUAAUUGGUUAAAAGAAAAGCAGAAGUUGAUUUUUUAAUAUAAAGAAGUGUUAUGUACAUUUUUUUGUAUUAAAUAAAGCUCCACUACAAUUGGUUUCAUUUAUCACCUUUAUGGUUUUCUCUGGAGUAAGAUUCAUAUUUGUUUACAAAUGCAUAUGUUUCUGGCCUUUAUUGCUAGACAUAUUUUAUGGCAUGUUAAGCACAGUGUUAAAUAUUAAAAACG